UCCAUAUCAUAUUUGACACUUUAUUGUGCUCUCGACCACACAGGCUCCUCCCAUGUUGGGCGUCCCACCUGUCAGGUGCUGCAUGCCGAGUCUCCUAUCCCGAUUUUACAAUCGCGUUGUAACAUAACCUCUGUCAUUUCACCCAAGAUUAUAAACGUUAACUCACGGGUACAAUAUUGUGAUAUAAGGACCUAACGUUCAGGCUAAAGCUGCUAAGAUUUUUUCCUUCUUUUUUUGUAUCCCGUUAUUUAUUUUUGGUGUACUUAAUUUGAUUGUUUGAUCCUAAAAUGAGACGUCCGUAUAUUAAUAAAAUCGCUGGGAUUAAAAGAUUCUACGCCAUGGCUGCUGUCCUAGGAAUUCUCUUGGGAAACAGUGGCGGUGUAAGCGGUGCGAGCAGCACAGACUCCACUUCACCUGCUCCUACAAUUCCUUCAUCUACAGUAAUUUCAAAUAAUGCCACUGCCAGUAGCACGGCAAGCACAACUGAUACUUCCUCUGAACAGUCUGAAAGUGAAAUGACAAACCCAACAUCAACGCCCAGUCACGUCAACACAGCCAUAACCACUAAUGGUUCUAACAAUACCAGCAACACAAUAAAUGUCACUAAUAACAUUACACUUCCUACUGUGCAGUCACCUAAUGUCACCUCCACAGAAAUGCACACUAGUCUUGAUGCUUCGAAUAAUACAGCUAUUCGGAGCACAAUUUCCGAUAACAUCACUAUGGAAAAUUAUGUCAAUGUUGCCAAUAGCACAGUAUCUCCAACUAGUUCUGAAACCACACCUAAUACAACUCUUCCGACUACAGCAUCAAUUACUACAAAUAUCACUAAAGAAGUUGAUUCUGUUCUUAACAGCACCACUGUAAUACCAAUUAGUCAUCCAACCACAAAUAACCCAACAGUUCUUAAUACGCCUAAUGCUAAUGGGAAUGAAAACAUUUCUAGUAGCACCAGUAGCACAGAAAUGUCUACUGAUCAUUCCAUCACCAGUAAUGCAACAAUUCCCAUUACACAAUCUAUGACAGAAAAUACUACUCAUGGAAACAAUUCUGUGGUAACCACUGCUGCCACAAUAAGCCCUACCUUUUCUGUCACUAUAAAUGAAACAUUUUCCACUGCACAUCCCAUGAGUGGAAAUACAACUCCAGUAAAUAAUUCUAGCAUCACCAACACUACGCAAAUGUCCACUAGUCAUUCUGUCAUGACUAAUGAAACUGUCAACACUAUGCCUACUACGAGUGGAAAUACCACUGAAGCAAACAAUUCUGAGGUAACCAGUGCCACUAUAACAACCAAUAACUUUACUGGCACAAAUAACAUAAGUGUUACCACUACACACCCCACAAGUGUUACCACUGCACACCCCACAAGUGUAAAUACAACUGAAGCAAAUUAUUCUAGCAUGAUCAGCUCCACAGUGAUGGCCCCUACUCAUCCUUCCACAAAUAAUGCAACUGUUGUCAAUACGCCGACUACUAGUGAAAACACUACUGAAGUACAUAGUUCUGUAGAAACCAAUACCACUAUGAUACCCUCUAGUUUGCCUUCCACCACAGAAGCAACUGGUGCCACAACACACCCCACGAGUGCAAAUACUACUGAAACAAACAGUUCUGUGGUAGCCAGUAGCACUAUGAUGCCCACCAGUUUUACUGCCACUAAUAAUGUAACUGUUACCAGUACACAGCCCACAAGUGUAAGUAUGACUGAACCAAAUAAUACUAGCGUGAUCAGUACCACAGUAAUGCCCACCAGUAAUUCUACCAUGACUGCUAUAACUGGUACAAAUACCACUGAAGCAAACAAUUCUGUGGUAACCAAUAGCACUAUCAUGACCACUACUUUUCCUUCCACUGUUAAUGGAACUGGUGCCACUAUGCAUCCCACCAGUGUAAAUAUGACUGAGCCAAAUAAUUCUAGUGCAAUCAGUACCACAAUAAUGCCCACCACUAACUCUACCAUGACACCUAUAACUAGUGCAAAUACCACUGAAGCAAACAAUUCUAUGGUAACCAAUAACUCUAUAAUGACAACAAGUUUUCCUAUCACCAUGAAUGGAACUGGCACUACUAUACAACCCACAAGUGUAAAUACGACUGAAGCAAAUAAUUCUAGCAUGACCAGCACCACAAUGGUGCACACCACUCAUCCUACCACAGAUAAUACAACUGUCUUCACUACCCUUACUACUAAUGCAAAUACCACUCAAACAAACAGUUCUGUGGUAACCAGUAGCACUAUAAUGCCCACUAAUUCUCCUUCUACCGUUAACAGUACUGGUGCCACCACACUCCCCACAAGUGUAAACACGACUGAAGCAAAUAAUUCUAGCAUGACUAGCACCACAGUAAUAAUGCACAGCACUCAUCCUACCACAAAUAAUAUAACUGUCUUCACUACUCUUACUACUAAUGCAAAUACCACGCAAGUGAAUAGUUCUGUGCCAUCUAGCACCAUUACAACGACCACUAGCAAUCCUGCCACUAUGAAUGUAACUACUUCUACUACACCCCUUACAAGUGUAAAUACGACACAAGCAAAUCAUUCUAGCACCCCCAGCACCAUAUUAACACCCACUAGUCAGUCUAAUACAAGUAUUUCAACUACUUCCACUGCACAACCAAUUACUAACAAUGGCACUCAAGGCAGCAAUAGCAGCACCAUCAGCACCCCUGCAAUGCCCACAGUCUCUAACAAUAAGACAAUGUCCACUAUGCAAUCAAGCACUGGAAGUACAUCCCUCGCAAAUAAUACCAGUGGCAUCAGCCCCACGGCAGGGUCAAAUCAAUCCUCAUCAACAGUCUCUACCACCAGCCCUUCUACAUCAAGUGCUGCUCCAACAAAGAUUCCACAAGCGCAGUUCCAAGUUCUCUUCAAGAUUACAAAUCUUGUAUAUAACAACUCACUGAGUAACGACACGUCACCAGGGUUUAAGGCACUGGAACAAACAGUAGUCACAGGGCUAGAUGCUGUCUAUGGCUGCCAAACCUGCGCUACCCGCGAUACGUACAUUAAGAGCAGAGUUCUGAAAUUCAGCAAUGGAUCAGUGGAUGUCAGCUCUGAAGUGAUCUUUAACAACAGUACGGUGGACACGAAUACAGUACUAAACCAGUUCUUAAACAGUACAAACAAUGGCACAACGCUGGGAUCUAUGAUAUUGAGUCAAAGUUCUGUGAAAGUUAGCACUACUACUACGACUACUGCACCCACAACCUCCUCCACUACCACGACUAGCGUGCCCACCACUACGGCCAGCAGCAUAGUGCCUCCCUGGGGGAUUGCUUUACUUGUACUUACCAGCAUUAUUGUCGUCAUCCUUCUGGUCCUCCUGAUUUGGCUGAUCAUUUAUUGUUGCUUGAAAAAACGAAGAGGAACAAUGAAUGUAUUCACCAUCGGUGGAUCAUAUUACUCCAUGAAUGACCGGGAAGAAUACCCCAUGUAUACAUCACACACGCAUUUUGAGUCGCCCAAUGGAAGGAAUAACUCCUACUACAUACGCCAGCCAAAAUAUGGUCGAAGCUACGAAAACAAAGGAAUAGACGCACAUGACUUCUAAAGAAGGACUUAGCUGAAUUGAAUAACUUAACUAAAUAACUAAACAAACACAUCAAGACAAUGGAUUCUACCCAAGGACAACCUUUUAAAAGGUGCAUUUCUAUGUUUAAAUGGUCAACUUGAAUCACAAACAAAGAUAAAACCAAGGAACUGAGAUAAACAUGGAAAUCACAUGACCUGCAAAAAUGAAAAACAUCCUUGAUUUAAUCCCAGAUUAAAACUCUUUUGUCUUUGAGAUAAAGAGAAAAAUCAACUGAAGCCCUCAAGAGAAUGGAAAAUGUAAAAGAAUCGAGAUUUGAACAUGGGAUGAUGGGUGGGAGUAUUACAUUUGUUGUUGUUGAAAACUCAGUCAAAUAUUUUUGGUUUACUCACCAAAACUGACAUUUGCCAAAUGUGACCCUGGUGACACACUACAUCUGUUGAUCCUAAUGCAACUGAGCUCUUAACUGCUAAUAUCAUUUAUUAGAAUUCUUGAUUUACCUGAUUUGGGCUUUUAUGUUGUUUAUUAAUAAUUGUUCAAAAUGUUAAUGGUCUUAUGAUGUUUAACCUAACCCACUUAUCCUCCUCAAUCCUGAACCUUGCUCUUAGCCACCCCACCCCUUUGUUAAUGCACAGUAACAGCAAGGCCCAUUGUGCCCUAAUGACACAUGUUUUUAAGCUGGCACCUUACUUUGCUUCAGUGUUCAACCAAAGAAAAUCAUUUUGUAAACUGUGUGCUUUUAAGGUCAUGUUCAUCUAAUAUUUAAGAAUUAUAGCAUUAGGUAUUUUGAAAACGACACAUUAGCCAUAACUGUUGGCUUUGUUUCAUUUCAAUCCAUGCUUCACCUUCUGCUUUCAUCCUAACCUCAGACUCACUAGCUAACAACUGAUAUUUUUGAAAAUGUCUUUAUACAAGACCACUAAUCUUUAUUGGCAGCACUCCUUCAUGUCAAAGGCUAUAUACCUUAAAGAAGUCAAGAUCUGAUGUGGGGUGUCUGCUCACAGUGGCCUGGAACAUCGACCCAGGAACAGAGGAUAACAUUGUGUAGCACAUCUGUGAGUCACCAUACAAGUAGGGAAAAAGAAAACCAAUAGCAACGACAACCUGUACAUGGGCAUCACAGGCAGUUUUUGAGGGAAUUUUGACUAUUGGAGGAAAUUGUCUAGUGUCAGAAUUACCAAACUUAAAUAUUUAAGCACAGAUGGGUCACCAGGAUCAGUUUUGAAAGCUAUGAAUGUACUGGAAAAAUUAAAAUCAAGACAGACUGACUAAACCGAAACCCUCAAGGCAUUCAAAACAAAUACUUUUAAUUUUUUCAGGAAGACUGAGCAAUUUAAACAGAUUUUAUCUUAGGAACAGGGUGUGCGUUUUGCAUUGGCCUUUAUUUUUUAACAUUUCAUCAGACAUGUCCUAGGGUUUAAAAGCCAUGGAUCAACCAAAACACCAGGCAGAUAUUCUUUCUGUCAGUCUCAGUGUUCUGUUGUUUUGGUUAUGUACAAAAUGCUUUUAUUUGCCAAAUAAUUUCAAGUGUAACAAUUAUGACAAACUGAUAUUUCACUUUUUGGCAGGAAAGUACAAUACUUGGUUGCCUUUUGCUGGCAAAUGGUCACGUAGCCUUUAUAGCAUUAGGCGGAAGUUAUAAAAAAGCAAAAACAGGUUUAAGUGAUGAAAUGAGAAUAAGGAGGCACUAAUUACAUUUAUCUAAUUCAAUAUUUAAAGUCAAGACAUUUGAAAAGAAUGCAGAUAUUCAUAUAUUUCUUUUGUUUUCUUUUUGUUUGUUUUUUUUUUUGUUUUUUGCAAAAUGUAAAUUAAUGUAUGCAAAAUAUUUUGUAACCAUGCAGGUUUAAAAAAAAAUAUCUGCCAAGAGUUUUUUUCAACAUAUUUCUGCAAUGUUUUGCACAGCAUAUUUUUGCAUUUCUUGUCAUAUAUUUAAGAAUAUUGUUUAAUACUUGUUAAGUUUUUUUUUUUGUCUCCACUCUGCUGCUCUGUACUAGCCUGGGUCAAUCUUUAGUUUACUUACUGUUGGAGUUUGUUAGAAGCGUCCAUGUGCAAUACACCUAAUGAUUGUUUUUUUAUGCUCUGGUUGGGGUAUUUGAUUAUAAUUAACAAAGAGGACUACUAGUGUUUAUUGUUCAGCAAUUUGCUACUCAGCUCACUCCCCAGCAGUGGCUGCCGAUAUCCAUAAUAAUUGAUUUCAUAUGAAUAGUCUUCUUGUUUCCCAAUUUCUGAGCAUCAUCACUUUUUCUUGCUAAGACAAGAUGAAUUCUGUUCAUGAGUUUUAGUUCAUAGAAUUGUCUUCCAUGUCUUUAACUGACUUGUCUUUGGUUUUUUUUUAAUUAGUUCAUGCUCCCCAACCUGAUCUGUUUAAAUCUGGGAAGGUUAAUUUAACAAAAUAGGUGUGAAUGACUGUCAAAUAACAUUUCCAGACUCUUAGGCAGGACUGAGGGGGUCACGGGCCUAUUUCUGCAGCACUGGGUAUCACCCAACACUGGGAAUAACAGCAGGCUUACUACAUUUUAGAUUUUUUAAAAUCUUUACUGUUGUUAAUACUCAAUUCCUCUUUUACCAGAACCGCUCCAUCAAUUUUCAAACAUAGUUUUUUCAAUUCAGAGUUGCAGAGAUGGUAGUGUAUCUGAGCAGUGCUCAAUAUAAGGCAGGAAUCGGCCUCAAAUGGGACCCUCCUAAAUUAGAAACUAACUGGCACAUCUUUAGGAAAUGAGAUUAACAGAGGGUGCCAUAAAAAAAACCCUACACAGGUAUGGAGGCAACAGAAAAACUCCACACAGACAGGAUUCAAAUCAGCUCUCCUGAAACUGGGAGAGGGCAGCACUAACCACAGCGCCACAUCGUUCAGAUUCUCACAACCUCUAAGUAAUCUUAUUAUUAGAUUCAAAGUUAUAGUUUGGUCUGAGACAUUGUUUCAUUAGGUAAGUAAUUUUAAACUAUCAUUGUAAAAUGUUGUAAUUAUUCUUAUACAUGUAAUGUUUACACACUUUGGCUUAAUUAAUUUGUCAUAGCUGUUUAGCUGGUCUACCUGUAUAAUGCCCUGAAAUUUUGCUUAGCUAAUAUUUCUUAAAUCAGAUGUCCUUUUUAAAUCAACACUAGAAGCGUUUUAAUUUUUGCCAAGUAAUUAAAAUUUACCCCAGUUACCUGAGAGAUUAAAUCUGAUACACUAUGCCACUUGGCUGUUACGAGAUGGAGUUGUCAGAUGCUGCUCUACAACAAGAAAUCUAAUAGUUGCAUGUUUAAUUAUUCAUUAUUGAAUCAGCUGUUCUCCCCUCCUGAGUCUCUUCUGCUAUUGGCCCUCAGUCCUCAGCUAAAGCCUCAAACUUUGUUUACCCACACCUGGGCUGACACCUUCACAUUGUAGACCGAUGUCUCCCAUCCGCAUUAUGGAUAUUUAGGGAAUAGUGAACCCUACUUUAAUGGUGGGCCUGGCCCCUACAGUAUACAUAGAGAAAACUAGUAUAGUGUGACACUGGAGGGUGUACUGGAGCCAUGUCCAAUAGGUAUCCAUUUAGGGACAAAUGAAAAUGAAACCUGGGAUAAUGAUGUGCCAUCAUGUACCUCAGUACAUAUUCAGGGCCUUUCAUAACCGAGACAUGAAAGUUUUUUUCCCAGACAUUUAGUUGCAUUCAGUAAAACCAUUGCCUUCCACUACUCACUUUAAACUUUAUACAUUUCAAACUAUAACACUUCUUGUCCAAUCCCUACUUCCCAUAUCUUUAUGCAACCUUAAGUAUGUCACUUAGCCUGCCUGGCUGUGCUCCAAUUAUAUAAAAAACAUACGUAUGUCCGAUUAUAUAGUUAUAAUGCUGCACCAAAGAAACUUUGAUCUAAUAAGCAGAGCCUGGAGGCCUCCCAAAAAUAACUCUGCUUGCUGGCUAGAAGCCCUAACAGUAACCAUUUCAAAAGUGUCUCGGAGAGUGGAUGAAAUCACAGGCUGGGUCACUAAACCUACUUUCAAUCAGAUUAUAAGAAAUUAUGUUGUUGUAAAAUGCGCGUAAAAUGGAGAAAUUGUUGGAUAAUGUGGAUUCUAAGAGGCUGCCUAUGACUUAGGGGACCUGCCAUGGAAGUAUACAGCAGCUCAAGGAAACCAUGACCAGUUUCUGACUCUUACCUGAAAAUAUGUCCAAAUCAGUAUGAAGAAAGUGCAAUAUUUGAAUAAGUCUUACAUUUAAGUGUAGAAUAGUAACAUGUGAUGCAAGAAUAUCAUGGAGCAAUCAUAAGUUGGAGACAGUUUCCUCAGAAUUCUGGGGAAGAUCUCCACGACCAUCUACAAUGUCAGUGUAACCAUAAAUUGACUCUCUUCUUCUCAUUAUUAUUUCUGCUAUGUUUAUCUGAUACAUAUUUUGAGUUGUAUUAUGUGAGUAUGUUUUCCAGUUUUUUAUAUGUUGGGUACUUUGAGUUUAAUUUGUAACAGCUUAGUGCCAUUCUGAAUCAAUGGGGAGUGGUCAUGUUGAAUGUAAGAAAAAAAAUGAAAAUGUGGUGAAAGGUGUUUAGAAAAGAACUUUGAGCAACAUCCAGCACAGCUCUGUUGCAAUGAACCUUCACUACGGGUUUUAGUAUAUCAAACAGACAUUAAUCCUUGUGGGUUUUUUUUUUUUUGCUAACUGCAAAAGAUUUUUAGCGGAGAGGUCAAAUAUAAAACACUGUAAUAUCAAUGUGUUCAGUAGAUAUAACGCAAAGAAAAUGAUUUGAGUCCCUUCUGUUAUCAGAAAGAGGAAGAAAUCUAUUAUAAGCAUAUACUGUAAUUACUGAUGGCAUGUUAAGGGACUGUUGUUAAAUACAGAGAGAUCUUACAAGAGCCACCUCAAGAUUUCAGAUUCUCCUGAUGUCAGCAAUGAAAUGUACAAGAUAACAAAUUGUGAUUGUAAUAGCUGUCACUGGCACAGAUGAGUGCUUUUCUUUAGCAAAAAGUAUUUGAGAUUUCAAUGGCAAUGAAGGUCCUUGAUCUGAAUAGAGUUAUGUGGAUUACAUGCAUGGAAAAUUAUUUGAUUCCCUUCUGUUAUAAGAUAUCGAAACAAUAACAGCUGCGAAACAGGGUGGGUGGUGUUGUGGAGCUGCACAUGCAAAAGCAGAUACAUUGCACCUCUUGAGUAAACAGAUAACACUGUGUAGCUGAGUAAGCAGAAUAGCUUCAUUUCUAACCUUGUCUACCAGUGUGAUCUUCAGUGUUUUCAGGAGGCUGCACUACUGCUACAUGUCCUGGAAACCGGGGUGAGAUGGAGUUGUGUUCUAUUUAGUUAUAGCUGGGCAUCUGCUGUAGACUAGAACAGGAAUGCUGAGCACAAAUUCAUCAUAGAGAAAAAUCUGUGGUGUGUGAGUGCAGUAAAUGGGUGUAUCUUAUAUAGUGCCUUUCAUAUCUAUCUAUCUAUCUAUCUAUCUAUCUAUCUAUCUAUCUAUCUAUCUAUCUAUCUAUCUAUCUAUCUAUCUAUCUAUCUAUCUAUCUAUCUAUCUAUCUAUCUAUCUAUCAUGUAGUGCCUUUCAUAUCUAUCUAUCUAUCAUGUAGUGCCUUUCAUAUCUAUCUAUCUAUCUAUCUAUCUAUCUAUCUAUCUAUCUAUCUAUCUAUCUAUCUAUCUAUCUAUCUAUCUAUCUAUCUAUCUAUCUAUCUAUCUAUCUAUCUAUCUAUCUAUCUAUCUUCUGUAGUGGCUUUACUUAAAGAAUGAGGUUCAAAGAGCAUAUACUGUAUAUCUCACUAUUAUCUUAUUUAACUGCCUUACAUUAUUUUUAAACCAGACACUCAAAAUGCUCAGAAUGAACAGACCUCCAUUUUUCCAUUUUCUUAACUUUUCUUUCCAUCACUGUGUUGUCAGAAGUCUGUUUUAUCAAUACCGAAUUUGUUUCAUUUAUUUUCCUAAACAUUAUGGUGAGAUUUUUUGUUCUCCUUCGGAUUUACAUCAGACAGUUUUAUUUUUAAAUUUGCUUCUCUUGAGACAUUCAUCGCUGGUGCUUUUUGUGUAAACUCUGCUAACUUGAAAACUGACAAGAAAAAUGACAAGAGUUUUUAACAGUGUUGUGAAGCCUUUAUGAUUCUGUUUCUGUUGCAGGUAGUGGUUAUACAAAAUAAUACUUUUACAUUAAUUCUGUUAUAUAAAAUACAAAUGUAAUCUAUUUUUAUACUGCAAAUUUAAAUAGAAGUAAAUGUGGUUUUGCCUUCAUUC